AACAUUCACAAAGAAGUUUAUAGUUCUUAAUUCCUACUCCUAGCUAAAGUUUUAACCUAACUUUAAAUAAAAAAUAAUAAAAUAAUAAUGGCUCCUCCUACUGCCUCUUUGAAGCCAGUGCAAGAACUUCUUGAAGGAGGCAUUGUGCCUGAAAGUUACCUCCAACAUCAUACUGAUGAUCAUGAUCAACUUUCUGUUCCUUUGAUGGACAUUCCAAUCAUCGAUUAUUCGCUACUUUUUUCAUCAAAUUCUGAUGAACUUCAGAAACUUCGAUCUGCUCUUAGUUCUUGGGGUUGUUUUCAGCUUGUGAACCAUGGAAUGACAAGUGAAUUGCUAGAUGAGGUAAGAGAAAUGGGGAAGGAGUUCUUCAAAUUGCCUUUAGAACAAAAGGAGAAGUACUCUUCAAAAGAUGGUAGCCUUGAAGGUUAUGGAAAUGACAAUUCUAUUCGUCAAGCCAACUUCAAUUGGAAUGAUAAACUUCAUCUUCAAGUCUACCCUCAACAUAAACAUCAAGUCCUCUUUUGGCCUCAAUAUCCUCUAAAUUUCAGGGAAACUUUGCAUGAAUAUUCAGCCAAGACAAAAUUAGUAACUAAUACACUCCUAAAAGCCAUGUCAAGCUCAUUGAAGCUAGAUGAGAAUAGAUUUUAUGAGCUAUGGGGAGAUGAUAAAGAAGAUGAAAUGCAUGCAAGGUUCAAUUUUUAUCCAAGAUGUCCAAAUGCUAGUCAAGUUGUUGGUUUGAAAGCACAUACUGAUGGAUCUGCCAUUACUAUUCUAUUGCAAGACAAAGAUAUUGAAGGACUCCAAGUCUUAAAAGAUAAUCAAUGGUUUAGGGUUCCUAUCAUUCCUCAUGCCCUUGUUAUUCAUGUUGGUGAUCAAUUGGAGAUAGCAAGCAAUGGCAUAUUUAAGAGUCCUAUACACAAAGUGGUCAUAAACCCACAAUGUGAUAGGAUCUCUUUGGCAAUGCUCCCUCUUCCAAACAAAGAGAAAGAGAUUGGACCAUUUAAGGAACUAAUCACCGAAGAUAGGCCUCAAUUAUUCAAAAGACUCAAGGAUUAUGGCCAAGUUUACUUCAAAUACAUGGCUUCUGAGAAAAGGCAAAUUGAGUUUGUCAAAAUUAAUUAUGAUUAGAAUUUAUAUUUAUACACGGUUUAUGUAUAAUUAAGACUAUGUUUUAUUAUUAAAGGUUUAAUUUGACUUAAAUAUGAGUUUGUAUUACCAUUUACCACUAUUAUUACGCUUCUAAAAUAAAUAUGUUUGUUCUAUAUUAUAUGUAUACUAGU